AUGUCUGCCCUACGAACGCCCGACACAGACCAUGAUCACAGAGUCAGGGAGAAGAAAGAGAAAGACACCCACGAAGACACAACUACCCUAGUCCCCGUCAACGACACGAGCGACUCAGACACCGACACAGUCGCAACGCUCCCCCUCCCCCGCCCACAAGUCCCCGUCCUACCGCACUACACCUCCCUCCCCAUCCCGUCCAACCACCCCAACGCCACCACCACAACCCAGCACGCCCUCUUCGCCACCCACCCCAUAAAGCGCGGCACCCGACUCAUCCACGAGCCCCCCCUCCUCACGCUCCCCCACCCCGGCACACAAACCGCCUCCCUCCUCCCCGCCUUCCACGCCCUCCCCCCCUCCUCCCAAUCCCUCAUCUGGUCGCUCCCCGCCUCCCCCGCCUGUACCUCCCCCUCCCUAACCGCCCUAUCCUCCCUAAUCGACCCCCUAAUAACCGCCAUCCACCCCCUCACAACAAAACCCCCCUCCCAAUGGACACCAUCCGACCACACCCUCUACGCAACAACAGCACCCACCCUCAUCCCCGCAAUAACAGCCUACCGCCUCACCGCCCGCUGGCACACCGCGCGCUUCUCGCUCACAGACCUGCCCGAACACGAGCGCGCGGAGUUGCCGGAAGGUACGCAAGUCACCGGCCUCUUCCCCGAAACGGCAAGGCUAAGGCAUUCGUGUGUGCCGAACUGCUUCGCUGCGUACGACGCAGUGUCGAACCACAUGACCGUCCACGCAACGCACGACAUCCCUCAAGGCGGCGAGUUAACGUUGUCCGCGCUGCCGGACGCGUAUUAUACAUCAGCCACCCAACGCGCCGCCAGCCUCGCGCAGAAAUUCGGCAUAACCUGCGCAUGCGAGGCGUGUACGCCCUCGCACCCGCGCUUCCCCGCCCACGAGGCCGCGAGGGAGGUAGCACACUCCCACGCCGUCUCGCUCGCGGCGUUUUUUGACAACGAUGCGCAUGCGACGCUGGAUCAGCUUGUGCAGGCGGAGAACAGGAUAUUGAGGCUGAUACGUGCGUUAAGGGAGGCGGGGUGUGAGGGGCCUGAGGUGGUGAGGUGGCGGGGGGCGCUUGUGGAGAGGGUGCAGCCUGGGAUUGCGGGGAUGACGGGUGGGUAG